CUCAUUUGAAAAUUUUAACGUCUUUUUUUUUAUUAUUUUAAUAACUUUGUUUUUGGAAAUCUAAUAAUUAUAGUUUCUUUUUAUGCUGAUUAUGCACGUGAUAGCAGUUUGGCGGGAAUCUUGAUAUACGCGUGUUUGUUUAUAAUGAACUCUGAAUUAUUGGAAGCCUUAUAAAUAAAAAUGGAGUUUAUGGGAACAAAUCCUCUUGAUACUGAGAACAAUGAGUCAGUGUCGAAUAAAGCUUAUACAAUUGGUGGAGUACCUAUUAUUUUUCCAUAUAAAGCAUACCCUUCUCAAAUAACAAUGAUGGACAAAAUUAUAAAAUGUUUGAAUAAAAAGCAAAAUUGCUUACUUGAGUCGCCUACUGGAAGUGGGAAGAGUCUUGCUCUUUUGUGUGCAUGUUUAUCAUGGCAGAAAAAAAUUAGAAGAGAGAUUGAAAUGCAAGAAUGGGAACUGGAAACAGAGUUGAAUGCACAUGGAAUGGCUAUACCUGAUGAAUAUGGAAUGAAUACCAAGUAUCAAAAUGAAUCAUCAGCAUUUGGUAAUGAAAAUAAAUUGGAUGAAGUGAACUCUUCUGAUGAUGCCCACCUCAAUAAAAUUGUAGAAAGGAUAAAAAUUAGAGAAAUGAAGAACAGUCGAAAAGGAAUAGUUUUUAUUGAUGAUCCUAGUUUGGGCAAUGAAACUACUAAUCAGAGUGAUUCAAAAUAUAAUUUUCAUAAUGAUGCCUGUGAUUCUAAUAUUAAUUGCUCAAAUUCAACUUUAUCAAACAAAGUUUCAUCAGAAUCAAUUCCAAGAGCACAGAAUAGCAAAAGAGGAAAUUUACUAUUUGAUGAUGAUGAUGAUUUUGAUGAUUUCCAGCCAAUUAAAAAGUAUAGAUCUAGUUCUAGUAGUUCUGAUAUGUUUUGUCAAAAUAAUAUAUCUGAAAAUAAUAGUUGUCAAAAAAAAGUUUCAGAUAUAGAUUCACCAAAGCAAGAAAUAUUAAAAUAUUCUAGUGGUUGUAGUAAUUCAAAUUCCUGUGAUUCUCCAUAUUCUAAAGAAAAAAAAUUUAAGGAAUCUGAAAAAGAAUCAUCUAUUCCUAACAAACUUCCAAAAAUUUAUUUUGGAACUCGAACUCAUAAGCAGAUUGAACAGAUUAUUAGAGAGCUGAAGAAAACACCUUAUAAAAAUUGCAAAAUGGUGAUUUUGUCAAGUCGCGAGAGAACGUGUAUCCAUCCUGAGGCAUCUAAAGCAGAUAAUAAAAAUGAUGCUUGUGAUGAAUUAGUUAAAGCCGAUGGUGGACCAAAAUGUAAAUUUUUUAGAACUGCAAAAUCAGUUAGUCAUUAUCAUCCAGCAAGAUUAUCCUCUGCAUUUGAUUUGGAAGAUUUUGUUGGCUCAUGCAAGAAAAUUAGAGCAUGUCCAUACUUUGGGUCUCGUGAAUUGUUGUUAGCUGCUGACAUAGUGUUUUGUCCUUAUAAUUAUCUUACCGAUCCACUUAUAAGAUCAGCAAUGACUAUUAAUUUAAAAGGAAAUAUUGUUGUUACUGAUGAAGCACAUAAUAUUGAAGAUUCUGCCAGAGAUGCUGCUAGUGCAACAAUUUCUCUUUCUCAGCUUGAAGAAGCUAUUCUUGAUAUGGAGAAAGUUGGACGACAUUCAAGAACUAUUCCUGAUUGUUACCAACUUAUUGGCAGUACCUUAUCUAAUUUGGUAAAAUGGUUGAAAUCAAAUAUUGAUCAUCUGACUGAUUACACAUCUUUUGACUGUUCAGCUAAAGUCUGGGCUGGAGACACAAUGAUGGCUGUUCUGAACUAUGUAGAGUUGGGACCAGAACAUUUUCCUAUUUUCAAAAAGAAAUUUGAAAAAAUAUGUGCUGAAGAAUCGGAUUCUGAGAAAGAAGCCAUUGUUGAUAUGGACAAACAUAAGCUUCUUGGAUCAACACUUAAAUGUGUGGAGACUUUAAGUCUAAUUCUGCAUUAUAUAUACAAAGAAGAUUUGAUAUUUGUUCCUGACUACAGAUGUGUUGUCAUGAAAUCUAAAGUUUCAUCUCCUUCCCAGUCAAAAAAGAAAUAUUUGACAGCCCAUGCUUUCCAGAUCACUAUAAACUUCUGGUGUUUGAAUCCUGCUGUAGCAUUUUCUGAUUUCAAGGGAACAACCCAUUCCAUAAUCGUAGCUUCAGGAACUUUAUCUCCUUUAACAUCAUUUCAAUCUGAACUUAAUAUGCCUUUUCCAAUUACUUUAGAGGCAAAUCAUGUUAUCUCUAAGUCUCAGUUGUGGGUUGGAACUGUUGGUAAAGGCCCUAAUAAUAAUAUACUCUCUGCAACAUAUCACAAUGCUGCUACAUUUGCUUUUCAAGAUGAUGUUGGAGAAUUAAUUUACCAAGUUUGCUGUGUUAUUCCUCAUGGUAUACUGUGCUUUUUACCAUCUUAUAGUAUGCUGGAUAAACUUGUGAAUCGAUGGCAGCAAACUGGACUGUGGAACAAGCUUGAAUCUAAAAAGAUUGUGUUAUGUGAACCACGUAGACAAACUAAUUUUGCUGAAGCAAUCAAGGAAUUUUAUGAUGCAGUUCAGCACGAUAAUUAUCCUACUAAAUCUGUCAAUGGAGCCUUAUUUUUAGCCAUAUGUCGUGGUAAAGUCAGUGAAGGUUUAGAUUUUGCCGAUAACAAUGCUCGAGCUGUUAUAACAGUUGGUAUACCUUUCCCCAACAUUAAGGAUGCACAAGUGGAUUUGAAAAGGAAGUACAAUGAUAUGCAUUCUUCAAAGAAGCAAAUAAUGACUGGAUCAGAAUGGUAUGAGAUACAAGCCUUUCGUGCUCUCAAUCAAGCUCUUGGUCGAUGUAUUCGCCAUAGGAAUGAUUUUGGUGCCCUUCUGAUAGUGGACGAACGUUUUCAGAAAAACGUUCGUUAUCCGGAAGCUUUGUCCAAAUGGAUUAGGAGAGAAAUUAUUCAUUAUCCUUCUUCUGCUGCUGCUCUGGAGUCUUUAAAUUCAUUUGCUGAACAAACUGGUAUGGUAACCACUAGUGUAACCACCACCACUAACAAUGAUUAGAUACCAAUGGACAAAUGUGUAAAUUUAGCAUCUCUGCUUUGAAAUACUUUUUUAUGAGCAAGGUGGUAUGGAAACUAUUGUUUCAACAAUGUGACUUAUUUGCAUAGUAAUAUUGCUGCUACUUUUGAUAAAUAAAAUAGCGUGGAAAAUUUAUCUUAGAAGAUUGAUUAUUCUCAUUAAUCUAUUUAUUAUUAAUUUAACUAUAUUAAAAAUUUUUUUGCUUUGAUAGCUUUUAAUUAAAGUUUGCUUUAAACAAGAAAUUUAUCUUGUGUUUAUUUUUUUCUUUAAAAAUUACCAGCUUCUUAAGUUUUACUUUUUGUUGUUUAAAAGAUUUCUUGGUGUUAUGCUUUUUAUGCACUGUGUAUUAGUUAUUUUUCAAUCAUAUAU